AGAGCUGUUUGCGAAUCAGUUCCAGCGCAAGUGAAAAGAAACGAGCACAACACUGGGACUGUUCUUCAAAUAUACGCUAAAAAGACAACGGCUGGCCAUGUCUGGAGGGAGGUUGCCGAGCUGUCCUGCCUCUGUGUCUCGGGGCUUCAGCUCGACCCCUGUCAAAACGAGCCAGGGGAAAGACUUCACAUCCAAGGGCUUGGACGACGGCGUCCUAUCCGACGACGAAGACACAUUCUCUCUGCUUUCUCCCAUCUAUCACGACAGUUUUGACAGCGAUGAAGACCUGGAGCCCAGAAGGAGCGACGACUCCAAGCUCAGCGUUUCACCAGUCAGAUGUGAGCUACCAAGAACCCCUUCAGUGCAGAUGUUGGAUGCUGUUGGACCAGCAGGUUCGCCGUCUCUCAGUGCAUGGGAGAUGUGGCUGGUGAACAAAGCCAAAGAAGACCGUUUCAAAUUGGAAAAACAAGCAGAGGAGGAGCAGUUACGGAAGGAAAAAAAAGAACAACAAGAAAGAGAGCGGGAACAGAAAAAGAUUGUCAUGGAAAAGAAGAUGCAAGAAUGGUUAAAGAUGAAAAUAGAUCAGGAUAAGCAGGAGCAACUCAUAAAACUGAGCAAGGAGGAGGAGGAGAUACAGAAGCAGCAGGAGAAGCAGAGGGAGACUGAACAGAGAGCUCAACAAAAGUACAAAGUCUGGCUGCAGAAGAAGAACCAAGAACAAAUGGAAUUGGAGAAGAAGGACAAAGAGGCAGCGGCCCUGAAGGAGGAGCAGGAGGAAGAGCGCCACAAGAGGGCAGAGGAGAAGUUUAAGCACUGGCUGGCAAAAGCCAAUGAAAGAAGCCGAGCGACUUCCAAAUCACCUUGCUACCUAACAAGUCCCUACGAGAAAUCCUACUCGUCACCCAGCUUUUACAAUCCAAUCCCCUGGAAGCCGAUUCAUGUCCCUCCUCAGGAAAUAACACUGAAUAACACAUCUGUGAAGAAACCUCAGAAACAACCACGGUGCCAACAAAGCCCCAGCAGCGCGUUCAGACUGAGGCGCCGUGUCAUUGCAGCGCAGAGAAGAUGACACGGCCGGCUGUGACUGACGCCGGAGCUCAGUUGCGGCUCAAGAAUGAUUUCACCGGCAACUCAUCCCCGCCACCACAGCUCCUGAGGCUCUGUUGAAUCACAGAAAUAUGUCUGUACUCUAAUACGAACAAUUUAGCUACCGUUUCAAUAUUUUGGUUUGCUUUAUUGUUGCACACUGGAGCGAUUUUGUAAUCAGGAGCUCAAAUUAGUUUGUACGUCUGAAUUUGUACAUGAAUUUACAAAGACGAUUAUAUGUUUAAGGAAGUCUGCUUUCAUACGACGGUAAUGUCGAGCAUAACUGUUGUCAUGGCGAGACAUUUAAAAGCCUGGAGUUUAUUUAGUUGUAUCCUGUAAAUUGAAUCAAUUUGCUAUUUGGAUAUCAAAGUAAUGUUUCCGUGUUGUGCUUGUCUCAUUUGUUCCAUCACUAUAAACGGUCAACAAAACUA